AUGAAAGCAAGGUUGAGAGUGCUGAUGCAAAGAAUAAUGUUGAUUCAGAAGUACAAGGGGGUGGUGCAAAACAAAUUUGGUGUUUUAAAUACUGUGAAAGAAGGUGUGCUAUCAAGUACAAGUACAUCCAAAGCUGAAGGGGAGAAUUCAAAUGCAAAUGGCAACAAGGAUGGUCAGAGUAAUCAUUUGGAGACUAGGCUUAAUAAUGCAGACAUUGAGCAAACAAAUGUAGAUGACAUUAUUCAAAGUUCCACACAAGGUCAGCAAAGAGUAGAGGAAGUAAUGCCAGGUAUUAAUAAUGAGCAAGGAUUAAUGCAACAAACAACAACUCAAAAGGUGACAGAUCAAGAGGAAGCACUUCAUAGUUCAUGGGCUGAUAAGGUGGAGGAAAAGGGAAUGGAAAUAGGAGAAAGGCAGCAGGAAGGUGGAGUGCAAGGUAAUACUGAUAGAGAUCCUAAGGAAGAGGACAACGUGGAAGGAACAUCUGAAGGAGAUCCUGGUGGCACCAAUACAACAGAUAGGGAAACAAAUUUGAGGAAAUUAGAGGUUCCAGGGAAAGAGGAGGUUCAAAUACAAGUUGUUCAUUCAGAACAUGAUGAAAAUGUGACUAUUGAUGAUAAAGAAUUAGAUGGAGCAAAAGAGGUUACAGAGGGUUCCCCCUCAGUGAUAAUUCAUGAUCCUUUGCAAAGAGAAGGAAAAGUGCAGGAAAAUGUGCAAAUGGAGGAUUUAAUAGAGGCAAUUUCUGCAGUUUCCACAGGUGACAAGAUGGAGGAGCAGAUGGAUUUGGAGCAAGAUGUUGAUCCACCAGAUCCUCCUUCUUCAGAAAGGGCACUGGUGAUUUCCUAUACUGAGAUCCGACAGGUGACAAUUUGCAGAAAACCUUCCCCAAUCAAAGAGUUACAUGACCUGAUCUCUCAUAAUAUUGAUGUAAUUGAAGUAGAGGAUGAUGUCAGAAAUCUUCAUAAAGAGGACAAAGAGGAGAAUAUUAAGCAGAAUAAGGAAGACAUACUCAAACAGGCUGAUAUAUCUCCUAAGAGCAAGUCUAACAAUAAGGGCCAGAAGAAAGGAAAGAAGAAUGCUAGUGACAAGCAAAUUCCACUCAGGGUGGUACCAAAGAGGAAUGCAGCUAAAUCUAAUGUUAAAUGA